UCGGCGUGAAAUCCAAGCAGUCCCGAGAAUCGCAUCGGGGGAUAGACAGAUCCACAGAAGAAGAAGGGGGCAGGGGCAGGGGCAGAGGCGGAGCAGAGGAAAUCAAGAAGAUCGUCGGAGCGGCGAUGGAGGGGUGGGACAAGGGCACGAAGAGCGUGGUGGGCGAGAUCCCGCUGCUGUCGACGCGGGCGGGGCCCCGGGACGGCGACGCGUGGCGGCAGCGGCUCAAGGAGGAGUACCGCGCCCUCAUCGCCUACACCUCCGUCAACAAGGCCAAGGACAACGACUGGUUCCGCAUCUCCGCCGCCAACCCGGAGGGCACCCGCUGGGAGGGCACCUGCUGGUACGUCCACAACCUCCGCCGCUACGAGUUCCCCCUCCAGUUCGACAUCCCCGUCGCCUACCCCCAGGUCGCCCCCGAGAUCGAGCUCCCCACCCUCGACGGCAAGACCCACAAGAUGUACCGCGGGGGGAAGAUCUGCCUCACCGUGCACUUCAAGCCGCUCUGGGCCAAGAACUGCCCGCGGUUCGGCCUCGCGCACGCGCUGUGCCUCGGGCUCGCGCCGUGGCUCGCCGCGGAGGUGCCCAUCCUGGUCGAUUCGGGCAUGGUGAAGCACAAGGACGAUGAGGCCGCUCCUGCAGAUGCCGCUGCUGCGUCUGGCUCUGCCGCUGCCUCUUAGCUGCAAGACAGUUACAGUAUGUCUUUUUUGUUGUUGCUGACAGUGACAGUUACAGUAUGAUGGUUGUUAUCAAGGGGAUUGGAGGAUUGAAAAUCCACUCGGUUGUGGACUAAUAAGAGCCAGCAAUACAUAUACUCUAGUUGUCA